AUGGCCAAGCACAUCAAACGACUUCACCCGCUUGCCACCACGAGUCCCGAACCCAGGCUCUUGGCGCUUGCCAUUACGGUUUCCAAGACCGUGUACGACGGCGCUGUGUGCAGCAAUCACGGCCAAAAGGGACACUUGCAUGCGGACCAAGACUUGGAUCAAGCAACCGUAGGUACGAUUGCUCGAGGCGUUGAGGUGUUGAUGAACAGAACUUUGCAGGAGACCCAUGAGUCCCAACAAAUCAACUCGGGACAGUUGCAAACAGGUCGGUCAGCAAAAGCAGUUCCAACGUUGAGGUUUAGUUCUGUGGAAUGGCAGGUCAUCUGA